AUGGAUGGAUCAGCAGAGUUGGUCAGCAACGAGGACGAUCUGGAGGAUGAGGAAGGCUGCACUGAUGAGGUUCAGAAUGAUGAGGAAGGCUACAAUGAGGAUGAUCAGGAGGGCUACAAUGAGGUGGUGAUCGAUGGCUGCGGGGACGAUGCACUUGCACAAGAUGAUUGGUAUGAUCAGGAGGUCGACUAUGGGUUUGAUCAGGAGGUCGACUAUGGGCUUGAUCAGGACGACGAACAGGAGUUCGAAGAGUUCUACUUACUGUGA